AUGGACGGAGUGGGAUCGUUCGGAGCGGGCCGGACCGGGUCCACCAUGGACCCGAUCACCUUCGCCAAACAGCCGCAGACCAUCCUCAGAGUGCUGUCCUGGAUAUUUUCCCUGGUGGUCUUCGCCUCCAUCGUGAACGAGGGUUACGUCAACAUCGGCAGCGAGCGUCUCCACUGCGUCUUCAAUAAGAACGCAGACGCCUGUAACUACGGCGUGUUCGUGGGCCUGGUGGGCCUGCUGGCGUGCUCCUUCUUCUUCCUGCUCGACUACAAGUUCUCCUCCAUCAGCUCCGUCAAGGACAGGAAGAAGGCUGUGAUGCUGGAGAUCGGCUUCUCAGGUUUCUGGACCUUCCUGUACUUUGUAAGUUUCUGUUUCCUGGCCAAUCAGUGGUCACGGACCACGCCUGAUGAGCUGCCACUCAACCAGGGGGCAGAUGCAGCUCGGGCAGCGAUCGCCUUCUCUUUCUUCUCCAUAAUCACCUGGGCUGGUCUAACGGUGCGUGCGGUCCAGAAGUAUCUGCUGGGCACAGACAUGACCCUGUUCACCACGGAGCACAUGGACGGCGGCGCGCCCACCCAGCCGUACCCGUCCAAUUCACCGGAAGGUGGCAACACUGAGACCACAGAGACCUACCAGAGCCCACCAUUCACUGAGAACAACGCAGCACCCACAUAUCAGGUUCCCAUUUACUAG